AUUCAAAACAACAACAACUGCUACCGAGAGGAAAUUCCUCUGUGUAACCCAGGGGCUUUGCUUUUCAAGCAGUCAGUCACUCUGCCUCAGGAAGGAGGGAGACACACUCCUUUAGAGAGGACACUACACAAGACCAAAAUGGCCCUCCACACGGCCAGCGACUACGACUUUGACUCCUUCGAGCACGAGAACUCCACCACUAAUGACAGUUACCCUGACGACUACUAUGACUACCACACGGUGUGCGAUAAAGAAGAAGUCCGUUCAUUUGCCAAGCUCUUCCUGCCUGUGGUCUACACCCUGGCCCUGGUGGUGGGUCUGGCAGGAAACUCCCUGGUGGUGUUUGUCUAUUUGUCUCAGAAGCGCAUGAGGACCCUGACGGACGUCUACAUCCUGAACCUGUCCUUCGCCGACCUCCUUCUCCUCCUCACGCUCCCUUUCUGGGCCGCCGACGCCGUCAACGGGUGGGAACUGGGCGUGGCGGCUUGCAAGCUCACCUCCGCCCUCUACACCACCAACUUCAGCUGUGGCAUGCUCUUGCUGGCCUGCAUUAGCGUGGACCGCUACCGCGCGCUGAUCCUGGGGGCCGCCUCCGGACGCGGCCCGGUCAGGGGAAGCCCUUUCAGGCGGAGGUUGGCAGUGUGUCUCCUGGUCUGGAUGACGGCGUGCAUGCUAGGCCUGCCUGACAUGGUGUUUGCCACGGUGAAGCACCACCACGGAGGACGGAAAGCCUGCCGGGCCGUGUACCCUCCCAGCAUGGCGCAGGCAACCAAAGCCACCCUGGAGGUGGUGGAGGUGUCCCUGAGCUUCGUGCUGCCGUUCCUGGUCAUGGUUUUCUGUUACUGCAAGGUGGGGAGGGUCCUGGGGGCCGCCGCCCGAGCUGGAGGCAGAGGGGGACGGAGGUGGAAAGCCUUCCGGGUACUGGUGGUGGUGGUUGGGGUGUUUCUUCUCACCCAGCUGCCCUAUAACGUGGUGAAGCUGGUGCGGGCGUUGGACGCCAUUUACGCCCUCGUGACGGAGUGCGAGGUCAGUAAGGGGCUGGACCGAGCGACCCAGGUGACGGAGAGUCUGGCGCUGACGCACUGCUGCCUGAACCCCAUCCUCUACGCUUUCGUGGGCUCCUCCUUCCGAACGCACGUCCUCCGGAUCGCCAAGCGCUGGGGGGAGACCGGGAGGCGCUAUCGUCACGGCAACGAGCCCGCCCCCGUCGAGAUCUCGCUCAACUCCCAGACGCACACGAACAGCCCGACGCACUCGGUCUCCGAGGACGAGGACACGAGCACUUUUACCAUUUAACGAUGAACGCUCAUCGACCAGUUAC